UUCUUGACCUUGCUGGCUUCUGUCAUGUCCCCUCAUGUUGGGUGCUCUGCUUCCUGAGCUCUCUGCAGCACUGUGCUGGUGCCGGUGCCUUUGCCGUGUGCUGUCGUUUCACACUGUUUUCCUUAAACUCGACUGAGAGAUUGAGUUGGAAUCUCUCCGAAUUCUGCAGAAGGAUUCUGGUGCACAGGCAAAGGUGCUGCUGGUUUUGAAAGCAAGACUGGCUGGCUGGUGCAGCGAUGCCUUCCCAGAGGUGUGCAGUGGGAGCAUGGGCAGCUCCUGCUGAGCAGCCGACACCAGGUAACUUGGUUACCUGGAUAGGGAAACGCUGCACUUUUCUUCCUGUAGCAAAGCUGGCAGAGGAGUAACGUGGGGGAGAUUUGUCCAGGUUUAGAAGACUGAUGAGAUCUAUCUCUGGAAUUAGAUCCUGUGGUCAGAACUUUUGUUGCUCUGGUGGCUCCCCUGAACAAGAGAGGCAGGUCUUCCCACUGGGCAGCACGGGACUGGCUGGUCCCUGGUGUCUGUGCAUUGCUGGCCAGUGAGCUGUGGCAGGAUCACUGUCCUUCUGGGGCAGCUUCUGCCUGGGGGUUGGGAGAGUGCUCAGACUCACAGCUGUGACAUGGCUGAGAAGCUGUUUGUGGCAAGGCUCCAUUUCCACAAAUACUUUGACCCCCUUUUCCCCUUCCCAAAGAUUUGGGCUGAUGUACUGAGUUUUAGAGAAACAGGACAUGAGGGUGAAGCCCAUGUGAUCUCCUGGCUGCUGAGGGUCAUCUGAGGGGAGGGGACAGACUGAGAUGGCACAAGUGAAGCUGCAGUCUUGCGGGGAGGCACAGCCAUACCAGGUGGGUUUUGGGGAUGUUUCUCAUGUUGCUGAACUGAUACUGCUGUCCCCUGGGCCGAGGAGCAGGUCAGCCUGAGAAAAGCUGCAGUGUGGCAAGAGAGGAGCAGGUAGUUGGCGGGGAUUUCCUGCUGGAGGAGGAGAUCAGCUUUGCUCUGAAUGAGUGGGAGUUCAGGGAGUUGUUUGGGAUUCUUUCCCAGUGAACUUCCCAAAUGGGGAGCAGGUUAGAACAUUGCCUCCAGACUUCCCCCUUCCAGCCCUGGACUUUCUUUUCUCUGAGCUGAAGUAUCUGACAUGCCACUUCCAGCUGCACCACAGGGGCCAUGCGUUGUGCAGCACUCAGCACGGAGCUUUGGGCUCUGGCCUAUGUCUUCCCGCUGGUGGUGCAGUGCCUGGAAGAAGUGAGAUUUUCCAAAACACCAUUUUGGAAAAAAAUAGUCCUGGGUUGUCAGUCCCAACCCUCUCCCUCCUGGACCCGGUCCGGGACUGAAUCGGCCAGAGCGCACUUCAGAACCUCAGCUGAGGCCAGCUGAGCUGGCUGGGCUGAGUGAGCAGCCAAGGUGUGUGAGGCUGGUUCAGAGCUGAGCUCCACAGCUGGAGCCUCUGGUGUGAGGAGGGCCCCAUCAACACAGCAGGCAAUGAUGGGCAGCCCUGAGCCAUGGAGGGCUUGCUCUCUUUGUGCUCUGCGGCAGGGAGCGGAUCCGGUCCUUCCCUGUGGUGCUGCUCUGCUCUGAGGCAGGGCAGGACAGGGCUGGCAGCAGCGCUGACUGCAUCAGAUGUUAAUGCCAUUGUUCCUCCUCCCCUGCACUGUCCUUGCUUGCUUGGAGCCCCAGCCUGCUCCAAGUGGGCCCGUGUGUUCGAUGAGGACUCGCCACGUGGGGAGGAGCUGGUGAAGGCCAUGGCUGAAGGGUCUGGGUGUGGUAAACAAGCUCUGUGGUGCUGGGCUGGAUGUCAGCGAGGCCAUGGUCCCCUCUUGAGUGCUGCUUCCCUAUGGUUUUGCUUUUGAUCUCAGUGAAGUGUAGGACCCUGAGUGCUGUAUUUCUGCAGUGUCAAAGAAGUCUCCAGUCCCCUGCCAGCUGGCUUUCUGUGCCCGUGGGAGGCGGCCCUUGCCCAAGCCGUCAUGCUGACUUCUCUCGUAUAUAGUGUUCUGGAGUGUGACAAUUCUUGUUCCUGAGGUGCUAGUCCGUUUGGUUUCCUGCUGUGAAGGCUGUCGUGUUUUCUUUCUUUUCCUGGUGCUGUUCCGGGGGGUUGGGGAAGGGUCCUGAUCCUGCCCCAGCCGGCCCAGGGAGCGCCCCAGGCACCCCCGGGAUUUGUGUAUCUUGUGAAUUGUGUACAGUCGCUCCCGGCCGGGGCUGGCGGACGGCGGGUUCAACCCGGAGGGCCCCGGGCUCGGUGCAGGCGGUAUUUAUUGCUAAGUUAUUGGCGUUAUUUAUUCUGUACAGUGUCCGCCGCCUUUGUACGCGACAAUAAACCGCUUCAACAGCCGCGCCUGCGCGUCCUUUGGGGGCCGCCCGGCGCCAGGGGGCGCUGCGGCGCGCGGGGGCGGUGAAGGAGGCGGCGCGGGGCGCUCUGGCCGGAAGGCGGAAGCGGCGGAGCCGAGCCCGGUAGCGGCAGAGGCGGCGGCUCCGGGGCGAUGGCGGCAGGCGGCAGCCUGAGCCGCUCCGAGCGGAAAGCGGCGGCGCGCGCCGAGAUCCUGCAGCAGGAGGAGCAGCGGGACCGGCGGAGACAGGUGUCCCGCAUCUGGAGGAAGCCGCCGGCGGAGCGGAGCCCCGAGGAGUGCCAAGUGCUGAGCGAGAGCGAGGAUAUCGUCCGGGAGCUGGAGCGGCGCCGCAAGCGGCGCGAGCGGCUGCGGCGGCGGCAGGAGGAGGUGUGUGACGAACCUGAGGAGCUGAGGAGAAAGGCAGCUGAGCUGGCGGCAGCUGUGCGGAGCGCCAGGCACCUCGUCAUCUACACAGGUGCCGGGAUCAGCACGGCAGCUUCGAUCCCAGACUACAGAGGCCCCAAUGGCAUUUGGACACUGCUGCAGAAGGGCAGGAGCAUCAGGGCUGCAGACCUGAGCGAGGCAGAGCCCACGCUCACCCAUAUGAGCAUUGCUUGCCUGCACAAGCACAACCUGGUGCAGCAUGUGGUGUCUCAGAAUUGUGACGGGCUGCACCUGCGGAGCGGGUUACCCCGAGCUGCAAUAUCUGAGCUUCACGGGAACAUGUACAUAGAGGUCUGCACUUCCUGUACACCCAACAGAGAAUACGUGCGAGUGUUCGAUGUGACGGAGCGCACAGCCCUGCACAGACAUCACACGGGCAGGAUGUGCCACAAGUGUGGGGCACAGUUGAGAGAUACAAUCGUCCACUUUGGGGAGAAGGGGACAUUGAGACAGCCCCUGAACUGGGAAGCAGCAACAGAAGCUGCAAGCAAAGCAGAUGUGAUUCUUUGUCUGGGUUCCAGCUUAAAGACAACUGUAAACUCUGGUGUCAGGAUUCGCCCACCAUCUGUGAUAGUCUCUCUUCCUCCCUCUUUCCCCUCCUGGUAAUACAUUCCUUUUCCUCUCGCUGAUACGGUUCACAGUUGCGUGUGCCUGUGGCUGUGCUGAUCUUCUCUGCUUUAUGGCAGGUUUUGAAAAAAUACCCCCGUCUGUGGUGCAUGAGCAAGCCCCCACCACGUCGGCCCAAGCUAUAUAUUGUGAACCUGCAGUGGACCCCGAAGGACGACCUGGCUGCCCUGAAGCUGCACGGCCGCUGUGACGAUGUGAUGCGGCUGC